CCGCCGAACGAAACGCACGCGCGUUACAAACGAGCGCAUGCGCGCUAACGAAAACCAAAAUUCGAACUUGGAAUGCUUUUUGAUAACUAACCGCAAAAUAGUGCUGUUUGUUCUUUUCCGAAAACCGAUUCAGUGAACGUUUUUACUUGUUGCCAAUUGCUCGGAAAAGGUGAAUCGAGCACGCGCGAUGCGCACGAGUCGGUGACCGCACAGUGAGUGACAAAACGAACAGAACAUGAACAUGUCUCGAGUGCAGUUUUUGUGGUUGUGUGCGGCGGUGGCCUGCCUGCAUCUGGCAGUGGCUAUUACGCAGGGAGUUAAAGAAACAAACGCGCCACGAACCAGGUUCACAUGCCAGGGGCGAGCGUCGGGAUACUACGCCGACGUCGAAACUGGCUGUCAGGUGUACCACAUGUGCGACGGCCUCGGGCGACAGUUCAGCUACUCGUGCCCCAACACAACGCUGUUCCAGCAGCGUAUGCUCAUCUGCGACCACUGGUACAUGGUCAACUGCUCGAAGAGCGAGAGCGACUACAGCGCCAACCUGCUCAUCGGUCAGAGAGACAAGCCGUUCGUGUCAGAAGAGGAUAUGAAGCAGAGGACCCCGCGCCCCGACAUCCUGUCCGUGCCGCCCAACGCCAACUACUACGACGGGCUCAGGGAAGCUGAAACUAGGUACCCCGUACAUCCCGGCAACAGUAUCGUAGGCAUUGCAGACUCGAUCUCGAGCUCCAACAACAACGGGCUGGACAGCGCCAAGCAGAACUACCGCCCGCCCACCGGCUGGUCCACCGGCACCGGCGUCCAGUUCGGGCUCAAGAGAGACCCCACCGACCAGGACCACUUGGCGGGCGCCGCCUCCCAGGAACUCACCCCCACCUUCCAACCCACCCCAGAAGUACAAGACGACAACCAAAACAACAAAAUCCCCACCCCUUCAAAAUACUUCCAGCCUCCUAUCCCAGACACCACCACAACAGAAUUCCCCGAUAUAGACAUUAGAACCAAAUCCGACGAUCCAGUCUACAACUUCAUCAAACGAUUCGACCCGAGCUCGCCCGACUCCAUCAAGACCGCCAUGUCUAGAUCUGAAAUCAUCGAUCUGAAUAAGCACCUUCCCGAAGGGCAAGUCAGCUCGGAGGAAGACAGAACGCCGCGGAAGAAUAAGGACGUUGGCAACUUCAAUAAAUUAGACAAGGAUAACGAUAAAGGUGUGACAGAAGGAACUAGAUUCGAUAGCAUUAAUUCCAAGCCGACGCCGACGGAACCGACUGUUAGUGUACGAGACAAUCCGGCGGUGCCUACUCCAAAUAGAAUACUACUGCCGCCUAAGUUAGACUUUUCAGAGCAGCCGUCGACUACUAUGGGACCACCCGUGUACUACGAGUGGAAAUGGGCUGUCCCCGCAUUUGAUCUGGAACCGCCCAAAGAAAGUAACGUUACGGUCAACAACACACAGGUCCAAGGAAAGACUGUAAGAGGGCGUAGUCCUUUCAGCGACGUGACUAGGCCUACUCCGGUCACGGUGGACCCCACUCCGAGUAACAUCAACACGGAGUACAACAUAAGUUCGUAUUUCGUCCCCGACUACGUGUUUCCUCUUGAUAAGCCGCACCCAGGUUAUGAAGAUGAGAAUGCACAGACGUCUUUCCAAGUGAAAAUUGCGAGGACUGGUCGCUCCAGCUACGGGGAGAACCCCGCUUGCCCCCAGUGCCACCCAGCCUACUUGGAACCUGGGACCUGCGAACCCUGCAUUGUGAAUCGGUAACCCACUGAAAAACCACUAAUUUAAAGUUAAUGUGAUGCCGACUAAAUAUGGGGCUAUUUAGAUAAGUAUAUUUAACUUUCAUUGGUAUAAAUUAAUUUGUUACUUAGAUAAUUAUCAUAAUUGUCGUCAUCAGGAUUAAAAAUUUAAAUGUCACCGUCGAUCCUUAUGUACUUUGUGAUUUAUUUUGUUUCCAUAUACUUCAAAUUCUAUUAUUUUGUACAUAAGUAAAUCAUAAGCUUGUGAAUAUCAACUCUAACGUAAGUUAUUUCUAAGCUUUUGCAGAUGUAAUUUUAUUUAUCCAAACACAAAAGCCAUAGGUUUAUGUAUGUCGUGUAUGUAAGUAGGGACAAUAUUUACAUAAUUCAUUAGUACAAUAAUUAUUUAAUUAUUCCCAAAACCAGAAUGAAUGAUAGAUAAUGUUCCACCUUUACAAAUAAUAUUUAAGAUCAUGACUUUUGAUGAGUUAAUAAUGAGUUACCAAACACAUUAAGUUAAUAUUAAUAGUCUAAUAAAGUCAGUGGAUAAAGGGAAAAAUAAUGCUGUAUUAACUAGCUAACGCAUAGUUGAUUUUUACUAAGUAUUUAUUUUAAACCCUUCCUUAGGUAAAGCGUUGUUUUUCUCACUUUAUCCACAGACUCUACCUAGA